AGCCUACAAUUUUGAAACGCGCGUGCGAUACUUCCUCAGUAUCCUACUUCUCUCCUCACUAUUCUGUUCUAACCUAAGUCCUAAAACCUUCAUCCACUGUGCCUCCAACCUCCAUUCCAGCGCCUCCGGCAGCCUCCAAAACUGCCGCCGACGCCAGACCCAGCCGGCAGCCACCGCCUCACCACCUUCAAAAAUUUUUACUGUUGUACUUGCAAUUUCAUAGCUAUGAAGGAGAUAGAUUACAAUGGCGUGAUUCCUAUUGAGAAGAUAAUCAAGGAAGUGCCUCAAUUGAAAGCAGUGUUGAAGGAGAUGAAGGAAGGUUUAGAUAUUGUUACAAACAAAAUUCAAGCUUUGACAGAGAAGGUGAAGGCAAAGCAAUAUCCAACUGCUGAAGGUGUUAGUUAUCUUGAUGCAAAAAAUUUGCUUCUUAUAAAUUAUUGUCAAUCACUUGUCUAUUACUUACUCCGCAAGGCGAAAGGAAUGUCAAUUGAAGGGCAUCCAGUUGUUCAUAGCCUCGUUGAGAUAAGAUUAUUUCUUGAAAAGAUACGCCCAAUAGAUAAGAAAUGUGGCUAUCGGAUUGAGAGGAUGAUUAAUGCUGCUUCAACUGAUGCCGCAAAAGUAGUUUCGACAGAAAAUGUGGUUGAGGCUACUCAGAAGUCAGAGGAUCUGAUAAAAUACCGUCCUAAUCCAGAUAUGCUUGUUCCUAAAGCUGGUAUGGAUGAAGAUGAUCAUGGUGGUAUCUAUCGGCCUCCCAAAAUUGCUCCUACUACUAUGGAGGAAGGUAAGAAGACCAAAAAAGAGAGAGAUGCUGAGAGGAAAGGAAAGAAUGCUCUACGCAAGGUCAAACAAAAUGAAUUUUUGAAAAGUCUGGUGAAUGAUCUAGAGGGUAGACCUGAAGAGGUAAGAGAAACAUUUGGAGCUGAAAGUAGGGAACAUUCCAAAUUCCUUGCACAGUGGGAGAAACGUGAACAACAAGAAGAGGAACUUUUUAAUCGUGCUCCCAUCACGAAGGCAGAAAAAAAGCGGAUAAAGCAGUUAGAGAAAUCCAAUGGGUUACUUGGCUUGACCGAUGAUUUCUUUGAUGAGAUUAAUGCAUUACCACUGGGAGAUGAUGCUGAUGAUGAAAAGAGAGUUGGCUUUGGCAGUGCCAACAACAAGGAAAGGAAACAUAAGAAGCGUAAGAGAAAAUAUUGAAGGAUGUUUUUUGCCUUGAAGAGUCGAGACUGAUGCUGCGUGGUACAGAAUGAAAAUUGUUUGGUAUUUCUUCCUUUUCGACUGUCAAAAGAACAUCAGCUUCAACGUUUUCUGCUUUUGAAGAUGUCGAGCGUCUUGAAGCAAAUGCCACCAAUGAAGCAAAGCUUUAGGUAUAGACUUCCCUCAUUGGUUAUUAGUCACGGACUCACAGUGGAGGUUAUAGUCGUAGUAAAACGCUUAAUGAAGAAACAAGUGAUACUCGGGCAAAUUUAUCUCUAAAACUUCUGGUUCAGUGAAGAAACAUGAUAUUGGUUAAAUUUUUGUAUACUUGUCUUUCUCUUCUUUUUACAUUUCUAGAUCUUAAAUGAAUAUCAUGAUCAUAUUCUUACAUACCUUGUGCUACCAAGUUUAAAAAUGUCUUUUGGGCCCUUGGUAUGGAAGGUCGUCACUUGUGUUUCUUUUACUACUAUUCUCUGUCUCUUAUUUUGCACCAGUUGUAAAAUUGAUGAAAUUGAAGGUUGAUUUGAAUAUUAAAAUGAGAAUGGGUAGAGUUGCAAAGGUUUUUAGAAAUUAAAA